AACCAAACCUCUUCUCCACUUUGACCACACCUUCCAUGGCGACGAUGGCUAACUCCAUAGUGAUGACCUCCGAUGACCUCUCCCUGAACUCAACGUCGACCCUUAGCCCGGAACCUUGGACCCCGCCUCCCUGGUACCAAUACCACGUCUGCUCAGUGGCCCCUUACGGAUUCAUCUUCUACUUUGGAGUCAAAGUCUUCAACCUGGCCAUAGGUGUAGUAGCAUGAUGUACUACAUUACCCAUAAUUCUCUGAUAGUAGGUGUAGUAGCAUGAUAUACUACAUUACCCAUAAUGCUGUGGUAGUUGGGUGUAGUAGCAUGAUAUACUACAUUACCCAUAAUGCUCUGGUAGUAGGUGAUAGUAGGAUGAUAUACUAUAUUACCCAUAAUGCUGUGGAAGUAGUAGCAUGAUAUACUACACGCCUUCAAUUUAAAGUUGUUUUUGACAAAAUGAAAAAUGUUACAGUUUGUCACUUUCCAUGAGUUGGAGUAAUAACAUGUUAAACUACUUAAAACAUUGGCUGGAAUCUAGGUUGUGCCUUUUGAUUUCGUGAAAAUUAACAACUAAGAAAGAAAAGUCAAUGAGAGAAGUGAAACAUUCUAACACCAAACCACGGCCUGGUCUGCUUGUUCUGCUUUGUAAGCUUUCCCGGAAGUCUUGUGACGUUGUGCCUCUGGGUUUAGAAACUAUAGGACCCAUAAUGCUGUGGUAGUAAGUGUAGUAGCAUGAUAUACUACAGUACUCAUAAUGCUGUGGUAGUAGGUGGAGUAGCAUUAUGUAGCUUUUGACCAGAGCCCUAUAAAGUAGUGCACUGUAUAGAGGGCUCUGAUCAAUAGUAGUGCACUAUACAGGGAAUAGGGAAAGUAGGACACUAUAUAGGAAAUGGGUGUCAUUUUGGACUCUGCCUUAGUAAAGAUAUUCCUGUCACUGACACAGUGGUGUCCCUACCGUCUAUGGAGCCUGGUCAAAAGUAGCGACAUAGGGAAUAGUGUGCCAUUUGGGACGCAUCCUAACACAGUCCUUAUCGAUACAACAGGCACACCCUGCAACAUACUGGUCCUGUGGCAGAUCUCCAGCAGGAAAAGUGACUCGUCCACGUCUGACAUCUUCAUCUUUAAUCUGGCUGUAUUGGAUGCCUACUUCUGCCUCAUGGGGCCCAUAGACAUGGUCAACAGGCUGGUCCUGGACCACCAAGGCAUCUGGUACUUCCAACGCUUUGCCUACGGGGUCAAAGACACAGCACCCCUCUUCCUGGUGGGUAGAUAAUAAGGCCUAGGUAGUUAAUGUUAUAUAGACCUGGGUUAUGUUAUAAUCUGGGUUAUGUUAUAUAGACCUGGGUUAUGUUAUAUAGACCUGGGUUAUGUUAUAAUCUGGGUUAUGUUAUAUAGACCUGGGUUAUGUUAUAAUCUGGGUUAUAUUAUAUAGACCUGGGUUAUGUAUUAUAAUCUGGGUUAUGUUAUAAUCUGGGUUAUUUUAUGAGCUUCUUAUGUUGUAGUCUGGGUUAUAUUAUAAUCUGGGUCAUAUUAUAAUCAGAGUUAUGUUAUAAUCUGGGUUAUAUUAUAAUCUGAGUUAUGUUAUAAUCUGGGUUUAUGUUAUAUAGACCUGGGUAAUUAUGUUAUAAUCUGGUUUAUAUUAUAAUCUGAGUUAUGUUAUAUAGACCUGGGUAAUGUUAUAACCUGAGUUAUGUUAUAACCUGGGUAAUUAUGUUAUAAUCUGAGUUAUGUUAUAAUCUGGGUUAUACAUUAAUCUGGGUUAUAUUAUAAUCUGUAUAUAUUAAUCUGGGUUAUAUUAUAAUCUGGGUUAUAUUAUAAUCUGAGUUAUAUUCAAUCUCUUUCCUCCCAGGUGUGUAUCUGUCUGGACCGCUACGUAGCCGUGGUCCACCCAGUGCUGUUCACCGCUAUCCGUGACAACAAGAUCCGCGUUGGUGUCUCCGUGGUAACCUGGGCCCUCAUCCUGGCCUACAGCCUCACCAAGAGCAUCCUGGGAGUCAUGUCUGUCAACGAGGUGUUCAGCGGCCUCAUCCUCUUCGCCUUCGCCCUCAUGAUCUACUGUAACCUCUCCAUCAUAUGGGUCCUACGCCGCUCCGUAGCUGGGAAGGAGGUGAUGCACCCUGUGAAGAAGAAAGCCUUCAAAAUGGUGCUCGUCAUCUUGGGUAUAAUCUUCGUCAACUACCUUCCUCCUGUGGCUCUUGUUCCGUUCUUCUCCUACUACACGUUUGUCCAGUUCCGCUGUCAGGUGACUAUCAGUGUGUUCUCCAUCAUGGAUCUGAGUUGUAGUAUGGAGCCACUGCUGUAUAUUACCAAGAUGGACAGGCCUGCGUGUGUACCUGAC